GUACAACGACGACAAUUAUACACAAAACAAGAGAGAUAUGGAUUUAUUUGGUGAUACAUUUGAUGGUACAUUUAAUGAUACAUUUGAUGAUACAUUUGAUGAAUAUGAUGGUUGUAAGUUCAAAGAAACAUCAAAGAGUUUUAUAUUUUCAUUAUCUAAUGGAACAAUUCCCAAAUUAAGUCGUGUCUCUUGUAAAAAAAAAGCAAUCGCUUUGAGUAAUGCCAAAGGACCAUGUUUUGGUUUCCGUGACUUGUGGGUAGAAUAUAGUAGUAGUGGUAGUUCACGAAGAUCAAUUGUUGGUACAAGUAGUCAAUAUUGUUACGAAAGAAGAGUUACUGAUAAGCACUCUUUUGAAAUAGAAGAAUAUGAAGUAUUUCGAAUUAAAAAGUUAUCUAUAUUAUCAGGAUUUGUCAUGUCAAUGUUCAAGAAAAUAAAUGGAUUUAUAAAAAAUAAUGAAGAAGUACAAUAG